AUGACAGAACCCGAGGCAGAAAUCCAGGCCACUGCCAACCUCUCCCCUGUCUCCCCAUCGCCUGUUCACUCAGCUGCGUCUCUGGCGGUUCCCGUGCUUCAAGAAACGGUGGACACCAUUGACGCCAUGGUCGCUGCCGCAUCAGCCGCUGCCGACGCCGCCAACCGCUCGGUCAACAAUGGCCCUAGUUAUGAGCCUAUCCUGGACGCCGGUGAUGACAAUAUCGUAGAUGACGACCCUUAUGGCGAGGACGACGCAGAUGCCGUCGCACAGCAAGUGCCGCAGCCACAGGUCGAGCAAGAGCUUUCCGACAGCAAUGACGAUUACGCAAAGACGUUUGAUUCGCCAAUUGGGCCGGAAGAGGGCGAAGAAGGAGACGUUCAACCACAAGAUGUAUCAUCGCUACCUCGAGAAUCCAACAAUCUUUCGCAUCCAUCCCAAGUCUCCUAUGCUGUUCAUGACCCGUCCUACCUGGCCCAGCCAGGCCAGCCUGCAGCACCAGCUGCUUCCAAUGCUUCUUCUGAAGCCCAGGCCUCCGGCGCUGCGACUGCCACCACUCCCCAGCUUUCCAAUCUGCCGUCUCCAACUACAGCCAAACUGAGUGGCGGCAGCACUACCAGCCCUGCCAAUGCUUCGACUGAUAUUCAACGGCUGGUCGCUGAUCUCAUUGCGCCAGCCGACUCCAACCGUACUACAGAAUCGUCUGCCCCAUCUGCUACCGGUGAACAGUCUUCAAAUUUCCCGCCCUCAGCAUCCCUUCCACCGAGGCCUCCGCUGUCUCAAGCAGCGCCUCAGACGUAUGCCUCUCAGCACCAUCCAGGAGGGAUCAAUGCUAGCAUUCCCCCUAGUCUUGCCGCGCCACCGACGCCUGGGCAGCCGUCCACUUAUGUUUCUGCUGGCGCGCCUGUUGCAGUUCCUGAUGCUUUGGGUGAAUACUCAGUCCCUCUUGGCUCUGGUCUCCAGGCGCCUGUGGCUAUCACUUCCAUGAAUGCUCCUCCAUACCCACCUCAACCUAUCCCUUACAAUGCCGACCAAGUGCAAGAUGCCGAAUAUCAGCGCCAGUGGGAUCAAUUUUUGGCCGAUGAGCGUCAGUACAUGUCGGAGGCCAAGUGGGACCGUUUUCCUGAAGGGUCACGCAUCUUUAUUGGUACACGAUCCGCCUCUGGCGCAUCCAAAAACGGCGCUCACAUAUUCUCUGCAGGCAACCUUUCCAGCGAUAAGGUGUCAAAGCGUGAUGUUUUUGAUCUGUUCCAUCGGUUCGGGAGGCUUGCUCAAAUUUCGCUGAAAUCGGCCUAUGGGUUCGUACAGUAUCACUCUAUAGAUGAGGGACAGCGGGCCAUGGACAAUCUUCAAGGUAUUGAGAUCAAGGGACGCAGAAUUCAUCUUGAAGUCUCGCGCGUUCAGGACAAAUCGAAAAAGGAAAGGGCUCGCAGCCCAGACAAAAACAAGAGCCGUGACAAUGGGCGCCGAAACGACAGGCAUGGUAACCAAACUCGUGAUGACUACCGAUCUAGUCGUGGCCAUUCUCCUCAUCGCAAUGAUCACGGAAGGGAUGAGUCGUACAGUCGUGAUCGGGGCUACUAUGACGGCAGCCGCGGCCGUGGGCGAUCGCGUUCCCCCGGGUAUGGUCGCAACGACAAUGACAACUACCGUCGAAGGAGUCCAAGCCCGUAUGGAAGAUCUCGACAUGGAAGUGAGCCUGAGCUACCAGGAAGGAGAUAUGGUGCCGAUGUCCCUGAUGUUCAGAUCAUCCUCCAGCAAGAAAUCAAUCGUGAAUUUGUCGGCUGGGUGCAACAAAUUUUCACUUCCAAGGGCUUGCGGAGCGAGGUUAUGUUCCUAUCCAGCAAGCUUCCCAAAGAUGCGGUUGUUCAGCAGCAGGCAGCGGAAGGUGUUCACGCCGUUGUCGACAUCGACCUUCGAGCACAGAGCCUGGCCAAGAUUCCUGUCCAGGCUUUUGAUCGCUCUGCCGGCUCCAACAAUAUUCGCUUCAACCAAUACGCGGAUCUGGAUCCUGUCACCGCAGCCGAAGUCAUUCUUCGAGCAAAGGCAUCAGGAGGUCCCCCCAGCUACGGUCAACAGUAUGGUGCCAGUGGUUACGGCGCUGCUCCUUAUGGUGGUCAGCCCGCUUAUCAACCACCUGUGGCGAGUUUUGUCGCUCCUCCUCUGUCAGGACAAUACGGGCAACCUCCGCCUGCUCCAGUCAACGUCGCUAACAUCGCGAAUCUGAUGGGCCAGCUUGACCCCGCAUCGUUGCAACAAUUGCUUGCACAGGUUCAAGGCGGUGCUCAAAACCCUCCGCUCCCCCAAACCAACCCGAUGGCGCCGGCCGCUGGGGUACCCCAUGCUGAUAUUCAGGCAUUGCUUGGAAACCUGGGAGCAAAUCCUGCAGGCCAACAACCUCAACCUCCGCCCCCUCAAGGCGCCUACGGGCCUCCCUAUGGGGUGCAGCUUCCGCCCAACGGGGACUCGGCAGUUCAAGUCCAGAACAUCAUGUCACAUUUGGCUAGGUACCGACAGUGA